GAUAGAGACAGAUCACUAGUCAAAAGCAAAAAUUCUCAUCCGUUUAUCAUGAUAAAUGUUAUCUCAAACGAAGAUAGAGUGAUCAAAUAUUACUACACACGAAUCAAUUCACGACGAAACAACGAUGAGGACAUAGUCAGUCAGUUGCAGAACAACGUUACCUACGGAAAUUAUAAACUACAGUAUAACUUGAUCCAAUUCUCUUACGAAAACCAACCAACUCCGGUUGAAUUUCAUUUCACCGUGUCUAACGUUGCAAAGUGGAGUUCAGUCGAACCAUCUUUGUUCGAGCGCACGUACUCUUACAUUGGUGAUGAAUACAGAUACAACAGGUUUCAAAUCGACGGUAGUCCAUCCAACAUAGUUAUGGGGUAUUUGCUCCUUAGUAGGCAAAAUGGAAGCAACGUGACAAUAACUCAAUCUGACGCCGUUGCAAGCAUUAUAUUGAACGCAAUUAUGUCCGUGGAUGAUCUGUUCAAUGAGUAUUCGGAAAAUUCCCUUCUGGUUCCAAUCACUAUUGACAAAGGAAGCAAUGAUCAAAUCAUGGAGAUGAUACCACCGAUUUACAGAGCUCAUGUCGAGCCGGGAUAUCUGCAGUUUCGUGCCUACAAUUUGACGGGAUACCCCAAUGCGUUAUGUCCAGGUGUGAAGGUUAAAUCAAUCUCACCUGAAUAUUCAUGCAUUGGGGGUUUAUCAAACGAUGCAACAAAAUAUGGAACAUGCGGUGACUUUGCAGGAUGGGGAGGAAAAUCAAAUGACAUUAUCGCACAGUCGUCUGCAAACGGAUCCGCUCAUUCAAAAGAUGAUAUUUCGUCUUCCAUCCUCAUAUUUUAUCGUUAGUGUAUUAGCAUGUCUCUAAAAUACACCUUUGUCAUUUAAAAUCCAUUCUACGCGGGAAAAUAAAAAGGGACAUAAACAAACAGCCUUCAAAUAUACGAGAUUUAAAAGGUGAACACAAGGCUAAAUAUUUGCAUUCGAUUGUAGAUUUUAUUGCGAAAAUAUCAAACCCUUCAGACUUUAAAAUUUUAUUUACAUCAUCGAAAAAGAAAAAAUAUUUAAACAACGAGAUUACCGACAAGCAACAAGCGAUUUACCAAAAAAUUAUGAAAAUACAAUGUUAUGUUCAUGUGACUACAUCUUCCUCGAGACUUGGUGUUAAAAUUGUUUGUCUAUUAUACCACUUUUUACGUUUCCGAGUAGGAUGAAUUUUUGUUAAUGACCAAGAUUAUUGAUUGUGUAUAAAUCAUAACUUGCUCUUUUUUGCUAUCGUUAGAUUACUUUUGUAUAUCGAACAUGCUUGUUGUAACGCAAAAAACACAUGUUAUACGUUGAUCUGAUGAUAAUUU